UAAACGUGGAGAAGCAACGUGAGCUACUAGUUCGUGACCUUAUUUUGUAUUUAGGCUAAUUUCUUAUCUUGAAAAACGUAGCUUAGUUAAAAUGUUUUCAACUACUGGGACUGACACCAACAAACAUUAAGACAACUUUCAGCAUGAAUAUCAAAGUACGUGCGUUCAUCCUGCUCAACUUCGCUGGGAUCGUACUGGGCGAGUCUAAUUCAGAUUAUAGUUACUGUACAAAGUAUGCAGAGUACAACACCCUUUACAACUUAAUGAAGCAUGAUGAAUGCAUGAACGUAGAUUCUGUCUUCAGACACCUGAAAGCAAUCAGUGAUCACUCGGUAUCAUGCAGGACACACAUUAUAAAUCUUCUAGCAGGCCACUUUGGAUCUCAUGCCUCGACGCCUCAUCACUGUCAAUGUCAAGGGAUGAACAAACUACAACAAUAUCAUACAGGAAGUGGAGAUGGUGUGAGUGAUCUAAGGGUUACUUGUAUUAAGAAUCACCAGUCCUAUAGAGACAUGUACUACCAAUUUUUCGAGUCAUCAGAUAGACACAAUCAUGCAAUGGCAUGCAGGACACAUCACUCUGUAUGGUCUGUGCUUAGCAAAAUAAGUGCAAGCGGCAUUGGUUACAAUUCUUGUCAAAAAGAUAUUAUAUACCAUCUGAAGUAUGCUUUUGAACAACAUACUGACCCCUGUACAUGCACAGAGAAAACCCACCCCUCAACAAGUACUCAUCAAAGUCACGGCGAUGCAUGUACCCACUACGACAGUUUCAAUAAGCUACUUAAGCUUGCAGAGGAAGACAGAUGUCUGAGCGCGAAUUCAGCCUGGCAUUAUCUGGAUGACCUUCAGGCCAAAGAUUCAGAAUGUCGCAAAAGAAUUCAAAAAUAUUUAGCUGAUAAAUAUGCACACAGAACCUCGCAAAGUCAUGACAAUUGUAUUUGCCAUGCACGAAGGCAACUCGUCAACCACCAGAUUCACAGAAUGGACAAUGGUAGUUUCUAUGAAUGCAAGGAUAACACCCACGGAACAUCAUACCAAACCAUCGAAGCUGACCUAUUUUCAAGGAUUCGCACCCAUGGAUGCAAAAAUCACAACUACUUAUGGAGCAAAUUGGAAGGUGUGCAUCACUAUUGCUCAAAGUACCAGAACAAUCAUUGUACCAGUCUGGUCGACUGUCAACAAGAUAUUAUAGUCAGGGCAGCAAUUCAGUAUCCAACAGAUCACUCGGAUAGUUGUGUUUGUUCUCAAAUCACAACAACGACAACAUCUACAUCGAAAACCGUUACAACACAUACGACACCAACAGCUCCCACGUCAGCGGUUACCAUGCCUUCAUCAACACCCACUACUACUCCGCCUGCUUCUGCUACGUCGGUAAAAGUGACUCAGUCAUCAAACACUAGCAUGUCAACACAAAGACCAACCCCAAUAUUACGAUUUGCAUGCAACAAACUGAAAGUUGUAGAGGAUAUUGCAAAGUCCACUAAAGCGACAGAUUUAAGUUCCAGUUAUUGCGACCCAAACCUUGGAGGUUCUGACGACGCAUUUCUUCUCUCUACGUGCAACAUGACUUCACCGAUGUUGUGGAAAAAAGGUGCAAAUGUGAUUGUGGACUGUGAGUCGAGUUCACAGUUAAUACCCACAUACACACCGAUAACAACAUUCAACGGCGACAGUUACGCUCCUCUUGGCGCUCAGUCUGGCAUAUUCUUGGGAUGUUACAACAAUGGCUUUAAGAUUGCUAUUCAAAGAUGUAAUGGAGUUCCAACAAUCGAACAUAUUGAGAAUGGAUCUUCUGUCUAUAAUCUUAAGAGUUAUUAUGUGAUUGUUUGAAAUUUGUUUAUAAAAUCAUAACAAUUAUUAUGUGAUUUUUGAAGUUUUA